UUCAAUGCGGUUUCAUAUAAACGUCACUCAACGUAUAGACAAGCAGAAGUGAAAAGUAUAAAAGUAACAGCUGUGAAACUUCUACGGCCGACAUCUUUAUUCAAUGACCAACUGAUGUGCUAUGUUGACAAUGUCUGCAUUUCACGCGCACACGUUAAUCGCAAUUCAUAUCCAGUAAUUUGUAAAAUCACCGCGGAAGAGCCUUAUAGCUAAUACUACGCUGCUUCACUGUGUUCAUAAUUGAUAAUAGCGACUUCCUAUACUAAGCGGGCCUCAAUAGCUUAUUCAAAGCACUUUUUCUACCGUAUGCUCGCUAUCACGUUUCACUCAAACGAAGGUCACAACGUUCUUACAUGUGCUGCUCGUUGCGCUGCGCCAAACAUGCGUGACCAUGUAAACCAUGGUUUACGUAUCUCUAUAGGGGAGUGGAUAAAUACUAAAAGAUUACGAACAUGUUUACCACACGUUUCAUCAUACUUUUAUGAAGUUGUAAAAAAGUUGCGGAAUGUCCGACAAAACAAUCCUUCCUAUGACGUCAAAAUGUUUAUUUAUAACGCAUGAGAUUUUUUACACGCUGGGUAAAAUUUCACCAUUUUUGAAAUUCUUAAAAAAAUGGACAACAACGACGAGUUUAAACGACGGAUAUGUAAUGAGGCUGAAACUCUUGUAAAGGAUUUUCUCCCGAGAAAAAUAACAGAGUACGACAGCUUGCUUCAAGAAAACGAUUUCAAUCUAGUCAAUAUCUUUGAGGUCAAAUCUUCAACCAUCGAAUCCUUAAAAGAUUUGGACCAGAGCAAAGAAAACACGUUGGAAUCUGGAGAAACCAACUCUUCAAGCAAACCGGAACGAGUGUUUGCUACAAAUGAGUAUAUAACACGAUUAGUUGACCGUUUAAAACCCGAAAUUAUUACUCUCCUUGAGGCUGUGGGUACAUUGAGAAUGUGGGUCAUAUUGCUAAUACCAAAAAUCGAGGAUGGAAAUAAUUUUGGCGUUGAGGUCCAGGAGGAAACCUUGGGAGAACUUAAGACGGUGGAACAAGAGUUAGCGUCAAACCAGGAACAAAUAGCUGGUUAUUUUCUGUCGCGAGCAAAAGUAAUUAGUCAGCUUUGUAAAAGGCCUGGUGUACAAGAUUACAAACGCUUCGUCGAAGAAGAAGACGAGAAACAGUUCGUCAGUAUGCGGUUAAUGGUGGCCGAGUUAAGAAAUGCAUGUUCUUCACUGCAUGACCUUAUCAACAAAAAUAUUGACAAAAUCAAAACUCCCAGGAACCGCAAUACUAUGAGUAGCAUCUAUUGAAAUGAAUACAAAACUAAAAAAAUAUGAAUUUCGAAUUAUUUCACAGUAUGAAAAGGUAGGAUAUGACACCUUUUAAUUCUAAUUACUCGGCAUAUUUGGCAGUAAACAAAGAACAUUUAAAUAAUUAUAAAACCAUAUCUUUCCGACUUACCAAAGGUGUCCCAUCUUCCGCCAGAUACAAUAGCUUUCUAACUACUGAAGCUAGAAACCCCAUUUACGCUGGUUCAAAGUGUAAAAAAAUACCAAAUUCAAUAUUUUGGGGAUCUAUUACCUAGCCUGAUUAAAAUUAAUUUACUUCGAAUUAAAAUCAAAAAAAGUAUUGACAAAGACGCGUGUACUUUUUAUUAUUGUCAACCGGCGUGGCAGGGCUGUUCAAGCUCGUGUCUAUUUCACAUUAACAACGACGAAGUUACAUAAGAAUACAGACGCUUAAAACAACCUGCCAACAUACCGAGCUUAUAAGCGAAUAUGCGGGCAAUGGAACUUUUGGCAACCAGCUGGAAUAAAAGCGUUUACGGCACGAAAUAAAAGUACAAAACAAUUGAAAUCAAUAAGCAUGCUAAAAGCGCGACGCAGUGCAACAAGCCGCCGAUCUUGUUCGAAAAUAUACAUUUACACACGUUCAGGCGGUAAAAUAAAACGUGUACGGCGAUAACGUAAGUAUAGAAUAUAUUUCUUUAGUCUAUGUAUAUAUGAUUAUGCACUGCGAGCACGUACAGAAAUGUUGUGGGCUAUGUACAGCGAAAAACGAGCGCGAAAAAAAACAUAUUGCUUUGGG